UGAUGUCGCUCCGGUGACUGAGCCUGUACAAGUCUGUCUUAGCAUAAUCCAUCUGGCGGUGCUGUCUACUCACUUCUUUGACACAGCGAUCACGUCAUUCUUCUGGACCCGAAUUAGCUACAAGAGCACCAGGGGUCGUUGUGACGCCCAGUGUGAUUGACCCCCACGAAGAUACCGAUUCUCUUCGUCUCAAAGCUAGAAAUGAAGGGAGUCGCAUGGGAGAAUGUUUCAAGCAGAGCCGCGAAGCGUUCGCUCGUAACGAGGGAGCGCUCGCUAAACAGCUUUCCCUGAAGGGUGAGGCUCACAAAGCCAACAUGGCGCGCUUAGAUAAGGCAGCCAGCACGAAGAUAUUUCAAGAGAAUAAUCAAGGACUCAUGCCCGACACAGUUGAUCUCCAUGGACUCUUUGUCUUAGAAGCCAAGAUGUACUUCGGCAACGCCGUUCGAAGGGCUCAGGACUGUGGAGAAUUGUCACUUCAUGUGAUCGUAGGUAAGACACUAUCCAUCGCACACUCAACUUCAGAAACAGGUUUCUCAUUGAUUGCAAAACAGGAAGGGGAAAUCACUCCGAAAAUAACGUUGCCAGGAUCAAACCUGCAAUCCAAGAAUAUGGACAAAGUUUGGGUCUGGACGUUGAAGUGGAUCCUUUCAAUCAUGGUUGCCUUGUUGUGAGUCUUGAUCCCAGCUAACUUGAACGGCAAUUUUUUUGCGAUCCCUAUGUACCCACGCGUACGUGCUUUUUUGUGUGUUAUCCUUCCCCUUUUCAUACUCGAGUGUGUACGAUACUAUAAGAAGUGUUUUGGUGUGCUUCAUUUUGUUCUGUCUACAGGAGACUGGUUUUGGUGUAGUGUGUAACAAUGUAGUGAGGUGCAAGCAUGGUAGUCUGACUAAUCUCAAAA